UCAAGAAUGGGUUCUUUGUGUUGUUUGAUGAAUAAAAUAUCUUCAGAAGCUGAAAAUGUUCAGAGAAAAGUAGGUGAAACCAUGAUCAAUGACUUACCCGACGAUUUGCUUGUGCAAAUAUUAUUGCUUGUCCCAACAAAAGAUGCAGUGGCUACCAUGAUUUUGUCAAAACGGUGGUUGUCUAUCUGGACGAUGAUGUCAAAACUCAAUUACAAAGACAACAAAAAAAUUAUUGAUAGUGAAUGCAAAAGUGUUUGGCAGUUUUUGGAUAAGUCAUUGAAAAUUCACAAGGCACCUGUAUUAGAAAGUAUAUCUGUACAUCUCGGUCGACAAUGUCCUGUCGAUGAAGAUGUCGGAAAGUGGAUUACAAAUGUGAUUGAUCGCAAAGUAUGCGAACUAUUUUUUACGCUCAAUUGGUCACCAAAACCUAUCAAGUUGCCCGAUAGCCUUUACACAUGCCAUACUCUCGUCCAUUUGAGACUUUCCCGAAAGAUUUUAGUGGAACUUGUUUCUCACUCUUAUCUCCCAUCACUUACGAGGCUUGAUCUUAAGUGUGUCUUUUUUAAAGACGAAGAUUCUCUAGUUAGACUUUUAUCAGGUUGUCAUAACCUCAAGGACUUAUAUGUGAAACGACAUAUUGAAGACAACGUGAAAAAUUUCAAAGUGAAAGUAUCUUCUUUAAAGUUCUUAGUGUAUGUGUAUGAAAAGAAUCAUAGUAUAGAAUAUACUAGGGGGUCUUUGGUUAUUGAUUCUUAUGCUCUAACUAAAGUCAUCGUCUAUGAUAAUUCGGGAGACUCUUGCACGAUUGAAAACACACCUCACCUUGAUAAAGCAAGUAUAUUUGUUAUGUGUUACCCAGGUGGCAAGUUUAUGUUCUCUUCGCUCAUUUUUUUCGAUGUACAUUUGAACAUAGCAACGGUACGUGUUGAUAUUUCUCUCACUGUCACUUUUGUUCCUAGUGGUUAUAUUUCAAACGAUCACUUAUGUAGUGAUUAUAUUCAUUGCAGGUUAAGUGUUGUACCACUAUUAAUUUCUCUCAGCUUGUAGAGUGUAGGAUACAACCACGUAAUUUUGAUUGGUUGGAACCACUUAUGGUUUUAGUUCAAAAUUCUCCAAAACUAAAACUACUUCUUAUUGACCAAGUUCGUACUCUUUCCAUUAUUUUAAUCAAGCGCAUGCAAAUUUUGGUGGACUAAAACUGAAGUAAAUGUUUUAUUUUCUUGUAUCUUACUAGAGCAUCGGUAUAAUUGAGAAUUUACCACUUUCUUGGAAUCGUCCGAGUUAUGUUCCUAAAUGCUUGUUAACCCAUCUCGAAAUCUUUGAAUGGAAAGAAUAUGGAGGAAGAAGCGAAGAGAAGGAACUCAU